AUGAAUUAAAUGCCUAACUUUGAUGAAAUCGAUAACUUUAAAGUUUUCUAGGAUCAGCAAAAUGGUGAUGUUGACAUUCAAAGGUUGAUAGAUGAGUAUGAGUAACAGCCACACAAUUAACUUAAACCCAAGAAAAAGUUAUUAAUUAAUGUGAAAAUUCCAGCCAAUGUCAAGAACGUGAAAAAGGCAAUUGAUAUGCUUGGAGGCUAAGAUGAGCUAGUAAAGAUAAUUACUGACAUUGAAACUUCUCAUAAGCAAAAUGUGUUAGAUAAGGAAAGAGACCAUCAACAUCACACUCAGAAUAUUAAAAACAUGCUAAAGUUCUAGCUCACUGAGGACAAUAAAAUUCAUCUUGAGACGAAAUUACCAAAUUAGUUGAUGAUAAAAAUCACUUAAUAAAGAAACAAAAGAACAGGAGAAUUAAGAUACAGAGUGGAUGACGUGAACAAAGUUGACUAUGAAUUUGAAGCAGAAGCUCUGGCUGAUUUUAAAUAUGGAAUGGGCACCUAGUCUAAAACGGUGGCAGAAGAUGACCUGAUGAAUAAGUUUAAGCAGCGUCUAUACUCAAAGUUCAAUACUUCUGCUUAGAUAAUUUCUCAAUAACAGUUGCAAAAUCAGUAAUAGACUAUCUAAGUUUAGGGCAAUAGCUCAGACAGCUGCAACGGCAUUAAAAGCAAUACAAAUGGAAGCACUGCUAUUAAUGAGUUUGAGUUGACAGCUGAGGAGACACUUAACUUUAUUCAGCCACAGUUCUUCACUAGAGGCAGAAACAUGUACUCGCAGAAAUGCGACUAGCAGUGCAAACAGUUCUGUCUUGAUAAGAGUCUUGGAGAUUAAUGUGUCUAGAAAUGUGGAUGCCUGACCUUCUCAAACGGGGCCUAGCUAAUGUUUGCUGAACAGUAAGUCUGCUAGCAAGCUUGCCAGGCAAAUUGUGGUGAUAUACUGAACAUUUAAGAAAAGCAGCAAUGUGGACUGAACUGUCAAGGCAAAUGCAAUCAAAUGUGCACUUAUAUGUGUGACUUCUAUAACCUUGGUUCAGAGUGCCUGAGUAAUUGCUAGACCUAAGUUCCUUAACCUAGUUCUGUUAUCGAAAGCCAGAGCACUCAAGAUGUAAUAUAAUUCACACCUUUAAAUAAAAUCAUAUAGAUUAAGGAAGAUAAUGAAAUUGUGACUACCCCUACAUCAUAAAAGGUAUUUGAGAUGGAAAAAGAUUCUUAUUUAGUGUAGGGAAUCAUAUCUCUGCUCAUGUUAGCAGGAGUUACAAUCAUACUCUUCACCUAUGGAGCACCCCCUAAAUCCUUUAGUGAUACCUAUCACAGUGUUCAUUAUAAACUUAACAGCAAGGAAGAAAUACCUUAUCGUGAAGAUUUAAUCAGAGAAAGCAUAGACUAUGAAAAAUUGUGA